AAUAAAACAGUUCUCCCUUUCUGCAAUAAAAAAUUAGGAAUUUUUCUGUCUUCAAUGGGAGUGUCUGAUCAUUACGUUUCCUCUCUUUGUUGCGAAGUGAGAAUCUUGGAAGCCAAAAACAUAGAGCUGAAGUCCCAUGGUAACCUUUUUGUCAGAUACUAUCUUCCUGCAGGGAACAACAAGAGAAUUCAACUAAACACCAAGCAAAUCUCCACUAAGUCAUCCCAAAUGAUCAUCUGGAACGAGUCAUUCUCUUUGGAAUGCUCAGCAUCUGAAGCAUCAGUUAAGUACCUGAAGCAACAGACUGUAGUUUUUGAGCUCCGAAGGAAGAAGAAACUGGGGAAGUCUGUGGUUUUGGGUAGAGCUGAAAUUCCAUGGAAAGCUGUUUUUGAAUCACCGAACAUGGAGAUUGAUGAAUAUUGGCUUGCCAUGGUUUCGAUGAAUGAUGAGGUUCUUGAAACUGGUCUCAAGCCUCCUUCAAUACGUUUAUCAAUGAAACUGGUUCAAGGUCCAACGAUGGUGGAGAUGGAGAAGCAGAACAAGAGAAAACAAAGGUUGAAGAAGCAUUGGGAAGGGUGUGGGUGCGAAGGCAGUGAUGGAGGGUGCAACUGUGCUGCUGAAUAUGAAAUAUUUGCACUUGCAGCUGCCAUGGAAGGACUACUUUAAAAUAGUGGCCAAAGCACUGGGGAUAUUAGUAUUGUUUUUAUUUUUGAUUUGUAUUUGUUUGUUAUUAUAUUGUUGUUAAGAGUU